AUGGAUUCCCAACCAAAGGACCUGAGCCUCCCUGGUGUGUGGAUCUCGCUGUACUUCGGAUUCCUGGGGCUGUGUUCAGUGCUAACUGGUGGCUGCAUUCUCUUUCUGCAUUGGAGGAAGAACUUGCGGCGGGAAGCACGUGCCCAGGAGUGGGUGGAGGUGAUGAGAGCUGCUACGUUCACCUAUAGCCCACUGUUGUACUGGAUUAACAAGCGAAGGCACUAUGGCAUGAAUGCAGCCAUCAACAUGGGCCCUUCCCCUACUGUAUCCAAGACUGAGACUGAGGGCCAGAAUUCAGAUCCUCUGUGGGAGCUGGACAGCCCUGAGAGGAGCUAUGCUGCUCAACAGAGCAACCCCAAGGUGGAGGCUCCUGUCCCACUGCAACCUGCAUUGCAGCUAGUCCCGCCAUCUCCCCUACCUACCCCAAUGCCUCGGUCCCAGAACAGCUCCCCACUCCCGAUUCCCAUCUUUCAGGAGGUGCCCUUUGCCCUCUCCCUGUGUAACCUACCACCAAUGCUGAACCACUCUGUCUCCUACCCUCUGGCCGACUGUCCUGAAAGGAACAUCCACUCCCAUUCCCUCCCCACACUGGCCCAUGGAGACCACUGCUUCAAUGCCAAGCCUUUUGCUUCAGAAUUGUAG